AUGUUAGAAGCAAAUGGGGUAGGGUGCAAACAGCACCCAAGUGAUAAACAAGUACCAGGUGUUUGCUCCACUUGCUUAAGAGACAAACUCUCACAGCUCUACAGCAACAGCAACAACAACAACAACACUAUUGAUCCUCUCUAUGGUUAUCUUUCUCCAUCUUCGCCUGCUUCUCCUCAACCUUUCUCUUCUGCUCAUCGUAGACGCUUCCGCAGGAAUGCUUCACAUGCGAUGGAUUCUGCUUCUUGCAUGCUCAGCUUUAAUUAUGGGUUGAACUUGAAGAAGAGCAGGUCGCUUGCCUUUGUUUCAAGAAACAGACUCAGAGAGAGGGAUGUCAGUGGAGGCAGGGGAAGGAAGAAAGAUGGGUUUUGGUCAAAGGUACUCAAACUAACAAAAUAG